GCUGUUGUAUCUUUGGCGAUGACGUCCCCUCACUGUCAGCGCGUGCGUGACCUGUAGCGUACGUGACGCCGCACCAUCACCUCCUCUUCUCUCCUCCUCCUUUGUGCUGUUCUUCAGCUGCAUCUUGUCGACCUGGUCUGGGACUCACAUAGAACAUGGCUGUACCUCCUACCUACGUCGACCUUGGAAAGUCCUCCAGGGAUGUUUUCACCAAGGGUUAUGGAUUUGGCCUCAUCAAGCUGGACCUGAAAACAAAGUCUGAGAAUGGACUGGAGUUUACCAGCACAGGCUCUGCCAACACCGAGACCAGCAAGGUCACUGGAUCCCUGGAGACCAAGUACAAGUGGGCAGAGCACGGGCUGACCUUCACAGAGAAGUGGAACACAGACAACACCCUGGGCACUGAGAUCACCAUCGAAGAUCAGUUGGCCAAAGGUUUGAAGUUGACCUUUGAUUCUUCUUUCUCACCAAACACUGGCAAGAAGGGUGGCAAACUGAAAACGGCCUACAAGUGCGACCACGUUAACCUCGGCUGUGACGUCAACUACGACAUCAACGGCACUGCCAUCCACGGUGCAGCAGUGGUGGGCUACGAGGGCUGGCUGGCCGGCUACCAGAUGACCUUCGAGGCUGGCAGGAACAGGAUCACCCAGAGCAACUUUGCCGUGGGAUACAAGACGGACGAGUUCCAGCUUCAUACAAAUGUAAAUGAUGGUACCGAGUUUGGUGGCUCCAUCUACCAGAAGGUGAACGACCAGCUGGAGACGGCCGUCAACCUGGCCUGGACAGCUGGGAACAGCAACACUCGCUUUGGCAUUGCUGCAAAGUAUCAGAUCGACGCUGAUGCCGCUUUCUCUGCCAAGGUGAAUAACUCCAGCCUUGUAGGUCUGGGCUACACUCAGACUCUGAAGCCAGGCAUCAAGCUGACACUGUCUGCUCUGCUGGAUGGCAAGAAUAUCAACGCUGGAGGCCACAAGCUCGGCCUUGGCCUUGAGUUCCAGGCAUAGGAGGAUGAGAAGCAAACCUGUACCAACACACACAAAGUCCCUUCCUCAAACAAUCCUAACUUAUGUUAUUAGUUAGUUAGCCUUCAAGUGAUUACAGUGUCCCUUAAAAUUCAGCAGAGUGUAAAGGUUUAAAAAUUUCCUGCAACAAUGCAACAAUUUUGAAGGACCAUUUUUAGGGAACAUUGUAUUUUCAAAAUCAAAACCUCAAGUUAAAAACGCAAAUAUCAGAAAUUAAAAAAAAAAAAAAAGAUUUUGAAAUGUGUAGCCACCGAUGUUAAAGUAGCCUUGCGCUCAUUCUUAUUGGCCUCACGUUUGUAUCACUCCUCUAUAUUUAUACACAAGGCUUUAUUUUGUGUUGUUUUUUUCAUUCCAAUGCAUAUAUAAAAGGGAAGGUCCAAAUUUGUUCAGCCCAAAAUGCAGAUACAGUAGGGCUCCACAUUGGAGGCAUACCGUUACAUACUUACACCAUCCGAUGGUGCUGUUGCUUAGCACCAGGAAGCACUCCCCUGUCAAUGGUGUUAUGACUCAGUCUAGUUUUAUCACUGCUGCACUGGAGACCUCUAGUGUUUGUCUGUUCACAUUAUACAAUACGUUAAAUUGUCUUGGAUGCAGUUGUCAGUAGGUCAAAAGAGACACGACACCCCAGUGUGAGUGUGUUCUGUGUAUUUUGUCUCACUUGUUGUUUUAUGCCGUCAGUGUGAUUCAUGUCUUUGUUACACACACAUAUAUAUAUAUAUAAUGAUAUUUUAAUGACAGUUUUACAUAUUGUAAGUCCAAUAUUAAGUCUUACAAAGGCUGUUGUUUUUGGUCAAGAAAAGAAGACACUAGUAGAACACAUGCGGUUGAAACUCUCCGUAGGGAGGGGAAAAUUACUCAGUGAAAAAGAAACGGUCGUCUUCCACAGCUGGUUAUGGGACUCAUGCUUGAUGUACUUGACUAUACUGUCAUUCCAUUAAAUAAAUAAAUAACAUCUUAAAACUGA